AACUGCACCCAGAGGCAGCCCCGGAGCAAGCAUCCAGCCCUGUCUGCAGGCCCUGGGCCCCUCGCCCCGCACCCCUAUGUCUCUGCAGCCGCUGCCCGCCGCCACCCGUGACCCGGUGACCCCGGAGGCCCGUCUGGGCCCGGUGACCCCGGAGCCCUGGGCAUCCGGACCCCCCUCGCAGGCGCAGCCUCUAUUAAGGCAGGAGGCUACCGGGGAGGAGGAAGGGGAGGAGACAGGCGGCCAGGGCGCCUGGGGCACCGGCACGGCGGAGCAGCGGCGGCGGGGCUGGGGAGAGGCCGACGAGGGCCCGGGGGAGGCCGGCGGCGCUGCGGCCGCGGGCUCGGGCUCCCCGGCGGGCGACACGGUCGGCGGGCGUGGGCACUGGCGGCAGCUCCUCGGCUGGCUACGGCUCCAGCCGCCCCAGUGCUGCCCCUGCGCGGCGCCCCUUCCCCGCUCCCCCGCGCACUGUUGUCAUGGAGGAACCAAGAUGGCGGCUCUGGCCUACAACCUGGGCAAGCGGGAGAUCAACCACUACUUCAGCGUGAGGAGCGCCAAGGUGCUGGCGCUGGUGGCCGUGCUGCUGCUCGCCGCGUGCCACCUCGCGUCGCGCCGCUACCGAGGCAAUGAUUCAUGUGAAUACCUUCUCUCAAGUGGCAGAUUUCUUGGAGAAAAAGUUUGGCAACCUCAUAGUUGUAUGAUGCACAAAUAUAAAAUAAGUGAAGCAAAGAACUGCCUUGUAGAUAAAUAUAUUGCAUUUAUUGGAGAUUCCAGAAUCCGUCAACUAUUUUAUUCUUUUGUAAAAAUAAUUAAUCCCCAGUUCAAAGAAGAAGGAAAUAAGCAUGAAAACAUUCCCUUUGAAGACAGAAUUGCAUCAGUUAAAGUGGAUUUUCUAUGGCAUCCAGAAGUUAAUGGUUCUAUGAAACAGUGUAUCAAAGUCUGGACUGAGGACUCCAUUGCAAAGCCCCAUGUGAUUGUAGCAGGCGCUGCCACAUGGUCCAUCAAGAUCCACAAUGGUAGCAGUGAAGCACUCUCUCAAUACAAAAUGAACAUUACCUCUAUAGCACCACUACUAGAAAAGCUGGCAAAGACUAGUGAUGUUUAUUGGGUCUUACAAGAUCCAGUUUAUGAAGAUCUAUUAAGUGAAAAUAGGAAGAUGAUCACUAAUGAGAAGAUAGAUGCCUAUAAUGAAGCUGCAGUCAGCAUUUUGAACAGCAGCACCAGAAAUUCCAAGUCAAAUGUUAAGCUGUUCACAGUUUCCAAAUUAAUUGCUCAAGAAACCAUCAUGGAAUCUUUGGAUGGCUUACAUCUUCCCGAAUCAAGCAGAGAAACAAGUGCAAUGAUUCUCAUGAAUGUGUAUUGCAAUAAGAUUUUGAAGCCAAUAGAUGGUUCCUGUUGUCAACCUCAGCCUCCUCUUACCCUUAUACAGAAACUAGCUGCCUGUUUUUUCACUCUAUCUAUUAUUGGAUAUUUAAUUUUCUAUAUAAUUCAUCGUAAUACUCAUCGGAAGAAUAAACCAUGUGCUGAUUUGGAAAGUGGAGAGGAAAAGAAAAAUAUUAUCAAUACUCCUGUGUCUUCAUUAGAAAUACUUUUACAGUCUUUCUGCAAACUUGGACUGAUUAUGGCUUAUUUCUAUAUGUGUGACCGUGCAAAUCUGUUUAUGAAGGAAAACAAAUUUUAUACACAUUCAUCAUUUUUUAUUCCAAUUAUCUACAUCUUGGUUUUGGGAGUAUUUUACAAUGAAAAUACUAAAGAGACUAAAGUAUUAAAUAGAGAACAAACAGAUGAAUGGAAAGGCUGGAUGCAACUUGUGAUUUUGAUUUAUCACAUCUCUGGAGCAAGUACAUUCUUGCCUGUGUACAUGCACAUUCGGGUGCUGGUUGCUGCGUAUCUGUUUCAGACCGGGUAUGGGCAUUUCUCAUACUUUUGGAUCAAAGGAGACUUUGGAAUCCAUAGAGUUUGUCAGGUCUUAUUUCGUCUGAAUUUCCUGGUUGUGGUGUUAUGUAUAGUAAUGGAUCGGCCUUAUCAAUUCUAUUACUUUGUCCCCUUGGUCACCGUGUGGUUCAUGGUCAUAUAUGUUACUUUAGCACUGUGGCCACAAAUAAUCCAAAAAAAAGCAAAUGGAAAUUGUUUCUGGCAUUUUGGCUUACUGUUGAAACUAGCCUUUUUGCUGCUGUGCAUAUGCUUUUUGGCAUAUUCUCAGGGUGCAUUUGAGAAGAUAUUUUCUCUUUGGCCAUUAUCCAAAUGUUUUGAACUGAAAGGAAAUGUAUAUGAAUGGUGGUUCAGAUGGAGGUUAGACCGCUAUGUAGUCUUCCAUGGAAUGCUGUUUGCUUUCUUUUAUCUGGCUUUGCAGAAACGCCAAGUGCUUUCUGAAGGAAAGGGUGAACCUCUGUUUUCAAACAAAAUUUCAAAUUUUCUAUUGUUUAUUUCAGUAGUUUCUUUCUUGACCUAUUCCAUCUGGGCUAGCAGUUGUAAAAACAAAGCUGAGUGUAAUGAGCUCCACCCAUCUGUUUCUGUGGUUCAGAUUUUAGCCUUCAUUCUGAUAAGGAAUAUCCCUGGAUAUGCCCGUUCUGUUUACAGUUCAUUUUUUGCUUGGUUUGGGAAAAUUUCACUAGAGCUGUUUAUUUGUCAGUAUCACAUAUGGCUGGCAGCAGACACAAGGGGCAUCUUGGUCCUCAUCCCUGGAAACCCUACGCUCAACAUCAUCGUCAGCACUUUCAUCUUUGUUUGUGUAGCCCAUGAAAUUUCACGGAUCACUAAUGACCUUGCACAGAUUAUUAUUCCUAAAGAUAACUCAUGUCUCUUUAAAAGGCUUGCUUGUAUAGCUGCAUUCUUUUGUGGACUUCUCAUCUUAUCAUCCAUUCAAGAGAAAUCCAAACACUAGGCUCCUAAAAUCCUCAAAAACGAACUCUUCAGGCUUACUUUGUGUCACCUGGAGGAGAAGAACAUCUAUCUGGAGAGGGAAGUGGCAGUGUAAAUAUGAACAUUUGGCAAGGGAACAGCUUAGUGAUGUCUGCUGAACAUAUGUGGUUGUAUAUAUCAGCAUUGUACAUAUCCAAUGUGAAAUACUUAGAAAAAAAGAACCAGGAUGCAUCGUAUAAGAUUGCAUGUGGAAAAGCCUUUUCUAUUGGACCUGUGUUUCCAUUUUUAAAUGACUUUAAGUUAAUGUAUGAAAGCAGGGAAAUCAUCAACUUUCCAGUAAAACUUACAGAUAAUUUAAUUAGCUUAGCACCACUGUUUUGAUAUUCCCUAAAUUUGUGAUAAUAAUCCUGUCUGCUUCUGUAUUUGUUGUGGAACUUCCUACUUCACUGAAAACUUUUCUACUCAAGAAUGACUUGCAGUAUUGUUUCUCAUAUGUGCAAUGACAUGGAGUGAUAAGCGGUAUGCUCCCAUGUAUGUUUCCCGACGUCUUGUUUUUGUCGUUUUGUCUGGUUUUCAGAUAUGUGAGCGUAAAUUGUUGUACAUUUUGUCCUCUUAGACUUGUUCUAAAGCUCCGUGGCAGGGUUUUGUUUUUCUGGAUGUUGCCAUUGCUUAUUUUUAUAAAAAGGCCAAAUUUUCCCUCCAGUGUAAACAGUCACCUAUUUCUUUUCCCGAGGCUCUACCAGUAUAAUCCAGCUACCUGUGGAUCCAUUCUUAUAUUGCUCCUCACUAAUUGUUUUGUGUAUUAUUUCCAAUGUUUGGAAAGUUCCUUAUAGACAUUUUGGUAUUUCCUUAUCCCUUCCUUUUUUUUUUUUUUAAUAUUUAUCAAUCUGAACCUGUGCAGUAUAGUAAAGUUUCAAGUCUUUUGAUUAAGAUGUGUGACCAUAGUAGAAUGGUGAUUUUGGACAGUUUUUUUAUAAGCUGUUAGAGGUAUACAUUUAUUUAUCUGUUGUACAGAUCUGAUUAUGGUUUUAAAUGUGUAAAAGGUUGCACUUAUUUGCUUUUACUAUGUGUGUGGUAAAACAUUUUCUGUUCACAGUAUGUGAGAAUAUGGAGUAAUUUAAACAGUGAAUAAACAUUCUGUGGAUGCUUAUUUUUGUAUUGGCAAA